ACCUGGGCUGUAUCGUAAAAGUGUAUGACAUUUUUUUUUGUUGUUCUUAAUUAUCUGACUUGCCUAGUUAAAUAAAAAAUGUAAAUCAAUGUGCUUUACUAGUGGAGGCAGAAUAGAAAGCAAAGCGUAUGUUGUCGGUCAGCCUGGAAGAAAAUUCAACGAGCCUACCUUGUCAUGAGUGUUUUCUGUCGCUUACUCUCGAGAGGACUUCUCUGCGGACGGGCAACAUGUCGGUUUGUAACCGGACAGCAGGAUUUCAGCGGUGGAGUGCUGCGGAUGACUCGGGCGGUUGGCUCGACCAGCCCUGUGAACCUAACCUAUGACGUGUUUGACGGGACAGGGGAUGGCACCCCCCUGGUGUUCCUCCAUGGGCUGUUUGGCAGCAAGUCCAACUUCCACUCUAUAGCCAAGUCCCUGGUGCAGAGGACAGGCCGAAAGGUGCUGACGGUCGACGCCCGUAACCACGGUACCAGCACACACAGCACCGAUCUGACCUAUGAGGCGAUGACCAAUGACUUGACGCACUUGCUCGCCCAGCUGCACAUCGGGAAGUGCGUCCUGAUUGGCCACAGCAUGGGGGGCAAGGUCGCCAUGACUACAGCCCUGUCGCAGCCUGGCCUGGUGGAGAGGUUGGUGGUGGUGGACAUCAGUCCAGCCCAGACCACCACCCGUACCAACUUCCACUCCUACAUCCAGGCCAUGAAGGAUGUGAAGAUCUCUAGCGACAUCCCUCGCUCGACUGCCCGCCGCAUGGCCGAGGACCAGCUACGCAAACUGGUCAAGGAGCGCUCAGUGCGCCAGUUCCUGCUGACCAACCUGGUGGAGCAGAACGGACACUACGCCUGGAGAGUCAAUCUGGACGCCAUUGCCGCACACCUUGAUGACAUCAUGAGCUUCCCUACCUUCAAAACCACAUACGAGGGCCCCACCCUCUUCCUGGGCGGAGCCAGUUCUGCCUACAUCAGUUCUGAGGACUAUCCAGAGAUCCAGCGGUUGUUUCCAUGUGCAGACAUCCAGUACAUCCCAGACGCCAGCCACUGGAUCCACGCAGACAAACCCCUGGACUUCAUCAGCUCCAUCAGCUCCUUCCUGCAGCCCUAACCUACCCUGCUCCAGACCUCUCCACCCUCCACCACCUAAUUACUAAUCCAACCCUCUCCACCCUCCACCACCUAAUUACUAAACCUACCCUGCUCCAGCCCUCUCCACCCUCCACCACCUAAUUACUAAUCCUACCCUGCUCCAACCCUCUCCACCACCUAAUUACUAAUCCUACUCUGCUCCAACCCUCUCCACCCUCCACCACCUAAUUACUAAUCCUACCCUCUCCACCCUCUCCACCACCUAAUUACAAAUCCUACCCUGCUCCAACCCUCUCCACCCUCCACCACCUAAUUACUAAUCCUACCCUGCUCCAACCCUCUCCACCCUCCACCACCUAAUUACUAAUCCUACCCUGCUCCAACCCUCUCCACCACCUAAUUACUAAUCCUACCCAGCUCCAACCCUCUCCACCCUCCACCACCUAAUUACUAAUCCAACCCUGCUACAGCCCUCUCCACCCUCCACCACCUAAUUACUAAUCCAACCCUCUCCACCCUCCACCACCUAAUUACUAAUCCAACCCUCUCCACCCUCCACCACCUAAUUACUAAUCCUACCCUGCUCCAACCCUCUCCACCACCUAAUUACAAAUCCUACCCUGCUCCAACCCUCUCCACCCUCCACCACCUAAUUACUAAUCCUACCCUGCUCCAACCCUCUCCACCCUCCACCACCUAAUUACUAAUCCUACCCUCUCCACCCUCCACCACCUAAUUACUAAUCCUACCCUGCUCCAACCCUCUCCACCCUCCACCACCUAAUUACUAAUCCUACCCUCUCCAGCCUCCACCACCAAAUUACUAAUCCCACCCUCCACCACCUAAUUACUAAUCCUACCCUGCUCCAACCCUCUCCACCCUCCACCACCUAAUUACUAAUCCUACCCUGCUCCAACCCUCUCCACCCUCCACCACCUAAUUACAGGACAACCGCUGGCCUUUAACAUUAUUCACACUAAUAGGGCACAGCACAAAGCCACUGUUAUCCAAUGGCAUAACAGAACACGCUCCAAAGGGCAUGCUGUGUUGCGAAGGCUCUGAGGGUGUCGGUCACUGCUGUUGCCUGCACUCGUCAAAGUUCAAAUAAUUGUUUGACCUUUUCAACGUAUGUGCGUGGUGUUCUCGCUCUGAGCAAAAACGCCUUGUGCGAAUAAUGUGAAAGGCCUGUUAGACUCUGCCCACUCACACUGGGGUCCACCUCUUAAAACAGCCAGUAGGUAGAGCUUCAAACCAGAGGAGGCACAGCCAUCUUAGUAGACAAUGCUAAUAUUGCUAACCCUGGACCAAACUCACUCUUUCUUUCCAUGCUGUUUAUCUUGCGCUUAAAGGAGCUGUAUGGAAAAUGACCUUCAUUUAUCUAUAGUAAUAGUGGAAUGACAGUUUCAUCAUAUUUUGUUCCCCAAAAAAGGUUAUUGGUCUCACAAAAAAUUGCAUUCUAAUGGUGCAGCCUUCUUAUUGGUCAAUAAAAGACGGACCAUCUCUUGUGAAAUUGACAACGAGUUACAUAUAGCUCCUUUAACCGCCAUAUUGUAAUCAAGGAUUUGUGUAAAUCCUGUAUUACCGUACUUAAUAGAUAUGUAAAUAUUAAGAAAAGUAGAUAGUUGGGUAGUAAGAGGUUGAGAUUAUAUUUAAAGUAGAUUGACAGUUUGUUUUUAAAUGAGGGAGUGUUUUUAGGUAUGAGUUACUAAUCCAAAGAUCCUCUCGUCAUUGUUGCACAGUACCAUUCUACUCUAAUCAGGUUGAUGUAAAUCAGCAUUGAAGAAAGGCUUUGAGCCGGGUCUUAUAUAGUCUAGUCUGGACAUGUUCUGUAUGUGGCUACGUCUCAAAUGGCACCUUGUAUCCCAUAUAGUGCACUAGUUUAAAGAUGCACUAUUUGGAAACUGCUGUGCCAUUUCCUGGUUGCAAAAAUUCUAAUAGCUUGCCUAAUGUCAGUUUGUAACAAACAGGAAAGUAUAGUGUGGAGAAUCAUUGUACCAUCUAAACUGCUGUGAAAUAAUCCAUAACCUAAAAUAUUCAAUUUUUUAGCUGUUUGAAACUGGUGUUCAAAUCUGAAAGUAAAAGAUGCAAAAAAAGUAACUUAAGCACGGGGAGCAUAGAAAUAGCGCACACAGAACAGAUCUACCACUUCUUAGACUUGCUUUCAAUGAGAAUGACAGAUCUAGAACUUAAAUUUUUAUGUGAAUUUGGUCAGAUCGCCCAAAAAUUUACAUAUUGCAGCUUUAAAAGCAGUGCACUAUGUAGGGAAUAGGGUGUCAUAACAGCCUUAAUAUAGUGCACUAUGUAGUCCAGGGAUGUCAAACUCAUUCCACUGAGUGCCUAGUGUCUCUAGGUUAAGACCUAGACAACCAGGUGAGUUCCUUACUAAUUAAUGACCUUAAUUCCUCAAUCAAGUACAAGGGAGGAGUGGAACGAGUUUGACACGUGUGACGUAGUGAGUCAAGGAAAUAGGGUGUCUGAUUUGAGACAAUGCCUGAGAUACAUCGCAGUUCUAACCCUACAGUAUGGGGAAUAUGGUGUGAUCUCUAAAGCAGCCAGACUGUGUCUCUGGGAUGGGUAGUCUAGAGGGGUGAUUCAGCAGGGAGCUUGGCAGAACAGGAGGGUCGGCGAUAUAGAAAUAUAAUCUUGUUCUGUGGUUGGAACCCUGGUUGAUAAUGCUGGCCGAGAAGUGAAGCCUGGCCUAAAGACGAGCCAAGCGGAGAGAAUGUAAAGCACAGCUAAAGCAUUAUUUACAAAGCAUCUCGGAGUAGGAGUACUGAUCUAGGAUCAGUGUGCCCCUGUUUUUGCCUGACGUUCGCUACAUACUUCAGUCUGACUGCCAUCAUUAACCAGGCAUGCUUCCAUCCAACCCUUUUUUUUAUGCGAUUUAUAGUACGUGUCAGAUAAAAAAAAAUGCCACGAUAGCCUUGAUGGAAAAAGCUAAUUUGUCAGUGAACUUUCCAAAUGUAGACUAAACAAAAUACGCUAGUCAAGGUGGGAUCUUUUUGUCGUAAAAUGUAUUAUGCGAGAACUGGGGGUCCUUCCAUUACGACUCGGGAAAGCAUGCAGUUUAUUAGGCUUCAUAUGAAAUAAGUUAUGAGGAACUUCACAUGGUGGUGAAAGUGCAAGGGGAUUAGCUUGAUGCUGCUUUCCAAUAAAUAUUGAGGGUCUUCUUCUAGUGACACGCUGAUCGAUGUUUGGCUGCCAUUUGACAAAUAAAAAUUAUCUUUCUCUUUAGUCCAUAAUCAUUUAAUCAUUCGGAACAGGUUGAUCUUCAAGGCAUUCCUCGUCGAUCACAAAACAUUUCUGAGGAAAAUCUAACGUUAAAGGCUGCGAUAAAGGCUUGCGCUCCUUUUAAAUUCAUGUUGGCGAGAGGUGCGUUUGGUUUGAGAAGCCCUGCGCACCGGGUAAGCAAAGUUCCCAUUUUUAACCAUUUCAGUUGUCUGAAAAGUUAAACUGGGAGAUCUGUGGCUAAAUCGAGUGCGCCUACUCGGGCGGCCAAUCUGAUAUAUCAAAUCACAGUGCCUAAAGAGCUUCCACGACCCCAGGCCAUAGCAAAGUUUGAUACUAGCCCAACUUUGAUGUAAUAACUUGUAAAACCAUGACCACAGAGAGACUGUCAAAGAAUACAGCAAAGAGCUGCUCUUUUUCAGGAGCGAGUUCACAUUUAAAGUUUUUAAUCAACACUAUUACAAAACAUAGAGCAGCUUCUCAGUAGUUCCCCUGCUGCAGUGAAUGAGCCAAGCGUAUCGAUGGCCCGAGCUGCUCUUUUUUAGGAGAGAGUUUGUGUUAAAAAUAUGUAUUCAACACUAUGCUCCGCUCUGCCUUGCAAGUGCUACACCAACUCAUCUAUUUUGUAAUCAAAUCUCAAGUUUUUAAAUAUUGCCAGGCCAGGCAUAUAGCCAAUAUGCUGUGUUAAUAUAUUAGGCCUUACUGCACAAACCUCAUUUUUACAGGACUGCUUUUAUUGGGUUAAUAAUGUUACAUUUUCUUAAAUCAUGCUUAAAAAAUAAUAAUAAUCCUGAGCGGUAUCUCGUGUUUCAUUUUGACUGCGAAAGUGAUCUUGACUCAAAGGUUGGUGACCACUGAUCUGAGCUGUUGACUAAAGUGCACAAGCCAAUACCAGAGUGGCCACAUUCGCUAUAUAACGCAACAUUUUUUUGUGACAAAACCAUCAGUAGGCCUGGAGUUGAAAGUGCCAUGGAAACCCAAUUAACAUUUUUAUUGGGUAUAUGUGAAUCCGCAAAAGGUAUUUUUAUGUGCACUACGUCAUCACGCACGGCCUUUUAUCUACAACAAGUCCAUUUGAUGGAAACUCAUCUCUGCAGAUUUGAAUAUUCACGUGAAAAUCUGUCGCCAAUUGGAUGGAAACCUAGCUAUUGAAGUCGUUUGCGGUGAUGUCAAAGAGGGGUGUUGUACAAAACAAAGUAAUCAGAGAUUGGCUCAUCUCUUAACUAAUCAAACCUCUGCUUUACCAGUGAGUGUGUGUGUUCUGGCUCUGGCCCAACCCAUCUGUUUUCUGGGACCAAUCAGAACGGUUAGAAUGGUUUUCUGUUCUAGAAAUCGUUGUGGAAGUACUCAAAUUUAGACUCAUUGCGGAGAAGCAAUUAACACCCGUGGGUGUAGCGUUUGGCUGGAGCAAGGUGCUUGGGUAGCCAGGCAACCCCGGGGGGGAAGAGUAUGUGUGUGUGUAUAUAUAUAUAUCAGCACUCCUAAUCCUACAAUGCUUUAUGAAUACGGGCCCUAAUUGUUUUAUAUUAGAAGUCUGGACUAAAGACAGGACCUCUCAAGCAGAGGGAAUGUAAAGUACAACUGCAGCGCUGAACCAUAGAUUAGGGUGCUGAUCUAGGAUCAGUUUUUCCUUUUUAGAUCAUAGUGAAUAAUGUAUGAACAAAGGGUGAACCUGAUCCUAGAUGAGCACUCAUGAAUAAGUGCUCUGGUUCUGUCUGAACUGACAUGUGGAUUUAGCACCUGAUGUCAGUGAAGGAACAUCUACGGCUCCCCAGAGAUCGGGGUUGUUGUGUUGCUGUGUGCAAUCGCUUUUAUACAUGGUGUGUUUUGUGUGCGGUAUGUUACUAAGCCUGUGGGAAUUAGCCAGAAAGGAGAACAAAGUUGUAAAAUGAUUGUUACCGAAUGGAAUAAGACAUGAAGUGAAAGCACACAGUGUAGCCUAGUGUUAAAGCUGUUUUUUGUUUUUUUGGUAUCUUGUCCUCAGCUGGGGAAAAAAGGUGUUGCAAUUGAUGCAAACGCUUAGUAAAUCUGACCCGUAGUCUUUGGACUUAAUUUCAGUAUUUUUUUUGUCGUACUACUAGAUUACAUGUAGUGUAACACGUUUGACCUUUUUUAUAGUGUGAUGUCAUUCAGAUAGCUAAAUAGCUACCUUUCUAUGCCAUUUAAGCGCUAAUAAAGCUAUAUCUUUCCAGGUACUGUAUUUCCUGUAUCUCCCAGGUUAGACUCUACAGCAGAGGGGGUCCUACUCUGGUCCUGGGGAAUCUACUGGACCUGCAGGGUUUUGUUCCAGCCCUACACUAACACACUCUGGAGAUCCCUAGGACGGUGGGUCCUGACUCCCAACACUAACACCUUAUUCAACUAAUCAAGUUCCAGACAGAAGGCCAUGAAUAGUUGAUUACUUGAAACUGGUGUGUUUAGUGCAGGGUUAGAACAAAAGCCUUCACUCUCUCGGACUGGAGUUGGAAAACCCAAUGCUCUACACUACACUCUGGGUAAUAUUCUCUACUCUUCUGUGUUGUGAGUGGGCAUUUUGUAAAAAAUGAACUGUGUACUCUGUUUGUGAUAAUCUACUAUCGUCUGUUUCAAUGAUCAUUUAUUCAAGUAUAUGAAUCACUUUGACUCUGUAGACAAAGGCUGCAUUUACACAGGCAGUCCAAUUCUGAUAUGUCAUUUGACCAAUCAGAUGUUUCGCAAAUAAUUGGGCAAAAGAUCAGAAUUGGCCUGCCAUGUUUUAGUGUUCAUGGAUAUGUCAGAUAUGCUGCAAAAAUCUAACUCAUAUUGUCCUUAAUCUUAUCAGAUUUCCUCUACUGUGGUCGGGUUUGUUCUUCAGUGAAAUGUUUUGAUGCUUGUGUGUCUAGGGAAAAGUACAAUCAGUGAUACUGCAGCUCAGUCUGUCUGUGUGUUUGUGCCUCAAGGCUUUUUUGUUCAUCUCUUUUUCAUCUCUGUAAAAUUUGUACCAAGUUUUCCGCAGUUAUCCAGCCGCUUUGAGACUGGUCUCCGUGUUGCCAGUUAUAUUUUAUCACAGUAACUCAUAGCCCCAAAAGGGUCCUAGUGUGUUUCAUUUUUGUAGUUGAAAGUAUUUUGAUCAGUUGAAAGUUAAACAAAAAGUGUACUCCAUUGGAUGACAGGUUUAAAUAACUAAAUAUAUCAGAAUGGUUUGUGUUGAACUAGCUUACCCUUGUUUUAACUAAAAUAGUUGUAAUUGAGUAGCUAGGCAAUCCCCUACCAAUCAUACUCAGACCCCAGGGUUCAUAUUGGCUUUCUGUUGGUCAAGAAUGUGUCUAGGGGAAAGAUUUACAGAUAUUGAACCUGGGUUGAUGGGCUUUGCACUUUUGGGACUAUUCCAUUAACACUGUACAAGCUCAAUCAAGCGCACACCUAAAGUAUUUGAAAUAAAACCAAUACUAAUUGAACCAAUUUAACCCAGGUAUGAGAUGAAAUGUUUAAUUUAUUUAUGUUCAUGUUGAAAUUGACAAACCGUAAUUUAGUCUAUUUUACUAUGAGCAUGCCUUUUCAUCCUCUCGUUCAGUUGUCGAUAGGCCUAUGCAUUUUAACUUUGCCACAGUAACGUUCAUUCAAUGUCAAAUGUUAUGUAGUUGUGAGAUACAUUGGGUGAAUAAUUGAGAAAUAUUUAAUGAUGUAUUACUGAUGUAUAUUAAAAUUGAAGGGGGAAAAAAACAAA